GUCACAUUAUUUUUACAACUACAAGUGUGAGAAACUUCAAUGGAAGGUCAAAUGUCAUUCUUCCGUCUCAUCUCUAUACGGAAAUCAGCCCCAAAAUGACGGUGGUGGCUUAUUAUUACGUUCAGUCUGGAACACCAGAGGUUGUCAUUGAUUCUCUCUUGGUGGACACGCCAGAUGUUUGUCUAGAGGAGAUGUUUACUCAGCUUGGCAGCCGUGACAAGGGAGAUGAUGGCAGAGACGGGGCAACUGUGGAGAAAGUGUUUGAG